AUGCGGGAGCUAAUGAAGUGCCCAAACACCAAUAAUUACACUAUCAGAAGUAACUCCAGUUGGAAAGUAAAUGAAGUUUGGAAGAAAAACACUGAACAGAAAGUUGAAACUCAGGGUGAUGAUGUGAUUGAUUGUGUUAACAUGAAUAAUCAACUUGCAUCCAACCAUGGUCCUAUAGUUGAUAAUACUAAAGAUUUAAAGUAUGCUGUAGUCCAAAAUUAUGGUCGCUUAUUUGGAGCAAGUGCAACGUUUACGGUAUGGAAACCUGAAGUCGAGCAUAAUGAAUUUAGUUUAGCUCAAAUAUGGAUUACUUCGGGAAAUGGUUCAAACACAAAUACCAUUGAAGUCGGAUGGAUAGUUUAUCCAAUAAAAUAUGGUGAUGAUCAACCAAGAUUAUUCAUAUUUUGGACAAGAGAUGGUUACAAUACUACAGGUUGUUAUGACCAUGAUUGCGCUGGAUUUGUACAAAUUGAUUUCAGCAUUCAACUUGGUCAACCCAUUUCUCCUUCCACUCUUGGAGGGCAAUUAACUUUCCUAACAAUUAUGGUCUAUAAGGAUUAUGGUGAGGAUGGACACUGGUGGCUAUAUGUAAAUGGUAUUAUCAUAGGAUAUUUUCCUAAGAAUCUCUUCACUUCAUUGAGUGAAUAUGCUGAUAGAGUGGAUUUUGGUGGAGAGAUUCUUAAUAAGGAAAAUGAAGGUCACCACACAACUACUCAAAUGGGAAAUGGACUAUAUGCCCAUGAAAAUGGAACAAGUACUGUAUCUGAAAUUAAAGUUUAUGACCAAUACAGAAAUCCAGUUGAAGAAUUGCAUGAAGUUUUUAUGACAGCUAGUCCAUGUUAUGGUGCACUUGUUUUUGGUAAUUCUAUAUUUUACGGAGGACCCGGUUAUUCUGGAAUCUGUCCUUAA